UAAUGAGUGGUCAUGUAUUAUGCAAAGCGAGGGAAAGCUGCACUACGAGACAGGCUUGAGUUUGAACAUCAACUGGGCAGGGGAUGAGGGGCAGAACUCCCCCUAGCAAAGCCUGUGUGGGGAGGCGAGACCAGUUCCAGGAGGGUCUUCGCUGCAUCCAAGAAAAUGCCUUUGCAAGGCUGUUCUGUAUGUUGACUGUUAGCAUCUAGUGAUCUCUGUAUGUUUAUACUUCACUGCCAAAAUGACAUCUUCGACCUCUGAACAGCAUCCAGCAUCUGAGAAUGCCUGCAGAAUCGCACUUGGACAAGCUAACCAGGUACAACCGAAACUGCCACUCCUGAAGAUUCUGCAAGCAGCAGGUGCACAUGGUGAAAUCUUCACGUUGAAGGAGGUCAUGCAUUACCUGGGACAGUAUAUAAUGGUGAGGCAGCUAUAUGAUAAGCGGCAACAGCACAUGGUGUACUGUGGAGGGGAUCAACUGGGAGAAUUGCUGGGACUGGAGAGCUUCUCUGUGAAAGAUCCAAGCCCAGUUUAUGACAUGCUGAAAAGGAACUUGACUUCUGUUACUAUUACAGAUGCUGCACAGACUCUUGCUCUCGCAAAGGAUCAGAGCGUCGAUAAUCCAAGCCAAGACCAGCUGAAGCAGACUAGCACAGAGGGAAGCUCUGACACUGAGGGAACGGAGGACAAAAGUGUUGCUCCUGCUUUGUCUACCUCACAGCGCAGCUAUGGAAACUGCGAAGACAAAGACUUAAGAGAAAACCUCUCAAAAAGCAAAAAGCCCAAGUUGGAUCUGGUGUUUGAGGAGUGGGAUGUAGCUGGCCUUCCAUGGUGGUUUUUAGGAAAUCUGAGAAACAACUACAAGUCCAGAAGUAACGGGUCAACAGACAUACAGACCAACCAGGACAUAGACACUGCCAUUGUUUCAGAUACUACUGAUGACUUGUGGUUCCUCAAUGAAUCUGCAUCGGAUCAAUACAAUGUUGCCGUCAAAGUGGAGACAGUGGACUGCGAAGAAGUGGGGAAAGAGAGUGACAAAAAGGUGAUUGAGGUUACGUGUACUGAUGACCUCGAGGAUUCUCAGUCCCUAAGUGACGACACAGAUGUAGAAGCUGCCUCUGAGGACUGCUGGCAAUGCACCAAAUGCAAGAAGUUUAACUCUCCAGUCAAACGGUACUGUUACCGCUGCUGGGCCUUACGGAAGGACUGGUACUCGGAUUGCCCCAAGCUAGCUCAUUCUCUCUCUCUGUCCACCAUUGAUACUAUUCAAGGCAAAAAGGAUGAUGAGGGAAUCGAUGUCCCAGACUGCAGAAGGACCGUGUCUGCUCCAGUUUGCCGACCCAAAGAUCUGCACACAGGUGAAUGUGAGUCCCAUGUAGACCCUGGCAGCUCUAUGGAGUCGCUGGGUUUGACACAAGAAUGCAAGGUCCAGGAGCCACAGAUGCAUUUUGGUGAACGCAAAAAGGAAGAAGUAGUAGAAUGGCAAGAGAAUAUUAAAAAUUUGUUGAAUCCCUGCCUUCUAUGCCAGAAGAGGCCACGGGAUGGGAAUAUUAUACAUGGAAGGUCUGGUCACCUAGUGGCUUGCUUCAGAUGUGCGAAAAUGCUGAAGAAAGGGAAAUUGCCAUGUCCAGUGUGCAAGAAACCGAUCCAGAUGGUGAUCAGAAUCUUCAUGGGGUAGCUGUGCCGCUGCAAGGUGCUUCAGGGACUUAAAUGGUCGCUAGUCAGGGGACAGCUGCUGCAAGGUUUACGUUAGUGUCUAUGGUGCUGCAGAGUAGCUCAAUUGUACAACUCAGCUAAAGAACAGGGGUCCCAAACUGAGAGAGGAAGUUGAGGAAUCCCCUUAAUGAAAUGCAAACUGUCACACACAUGGUCUUGUUUUCAUAACUGAUCCUUGCAGAAGCCAGAUGGUUAAUAAAUAAAUAUUUAACUCUGGUUGGAUAUAUGCUCUGCAGUAAGCUAAACUCUGUGCAGUGCCUGAAAAUAGAAAGCACAGGGUGGGAGGAGAGUGUGUCUGUGUGUACACACAUGUACGCUGGAUUCUCCAAGGCUCAGUUCUCAGAAGAGUAAUGGGUGAAUGGGGGUUACAGGGCUUCUAACUCUCUUCAGUAUUUUGUAAGAUCGGGUUGAGAGACUCCCCAAAAUCCAUAAUGAAAAACAAAUCUCCCCAACUUUUAAUCAAUAUGUAAACCACCCUGUAUGAUUUAGCAAUCAUGCAAGAGCAAGGUGUCAUGUCUUGCUCUCUUAAUGAAUCCUUUUUAAUUAAAAUACAGUGUUGGGGACCAGUUCCUCGGCUGCUGCCAGUCGGCAUAGCUCAGUCAACUCAGUGCUAAUUGACACCAGCUGUGGAUCUGGCCCUUAGGUUAGGUGUGCACUCACAGCAGUUGUGCGUGUAUAUAUGAGCAUUCUAAUGCUCAUAAUUAGCCCCUCACACCUACAGCUGUUUUAACUGCAUCUCUACCUUUUUUAAGCUGGCUGAUCAUUUGAGAAACGUCUCUGUUUAAAGUGCAAGUGAGAUUUACUAAUGACUAAUGUGCAAUUUUGAAAAAUAAGGCCUUUAUCUUAGUUCACCACCUGACAGCUGGUUUAUCUAAGGAACUGUUACAUGGUAGUAGUCACAUUUGGACCCUCCUCAAUUUCAUUUAGUUUCUUACAGGUUUUAACUCUUCUCAGAAUCUUUCUGCGGUAUUCUUAUCUGCACAGUGUAAUACAGGGUCCAUCUGCUGCUAGAAUUUGUAGUUUUAAACUGUUGUUAAAUUCUUUCUUAAAGAGGACAUCCUAGGUAUCUACCCACAUCUUUCUCAACCCCAUCUGCAGGAAAGAGCUCCAGGGGUUGAAGGCUGCCUCAGGGAGAGCAUCCUCUAUUGUCCCUUGUGGAGGUUGGUCAGGAUUUGCCCAUGUGGGGAAGGCUGUGGAGUGCCUGCCCUCAAACCUGGGGGAUCUAUAGGGGAACAGGGUCAUUCACAUUCCACUGGACCCACGCUACCAGAGUACCAGACUUCCGCCUACAGCCACAACUACCCUGGAGAUCCCUGAGGGUUUGAGUAACUUCCACUGGGCAGGUGGAGAAUCACUGUGCACCCAUGUUCCAUUCUCCUCUGGCCUGCCCUGUCUCUAUUCUGUUCCCCAGCAUGGACCUCGGACCAUGUGCAAAGGCAUCUGCAGGGUCCAUGGGGAGGAGACAGUGCUAUGGAAGCCCAUGAUCUUACCAAAUGCAGGGUUUCCUCCAGGCUAGAUCAAGCCCCUAUAGAUCUAUGCAUAUCACUUUCCCUUCUCUCCUGGAGAGCUAUCGCCAUAAUUACAGCUCACUAUAUAGAGUGAAUUUACUUACCCCCAUCCCUCCUCAAAACACACGGCCCUUUUAGCACCUUUGCUUUAUUUCCUACUUACUUAAAAUAAAUAAAAACCUAGAAAAAUAAAGAUGGCCAACACUUGUUAGAUCCCAUUUAGCCCAGCACUCCCUGGCCACCACAGGGUUGCUCUCAACAAUGUGUUAUCCAAGGUUUUGUCCAGGCCUGUUUAAAAUAGUUCUAGGGUGGACUCUGUCACUUCUCUGUUUUGAAUAUCAAGAAAUGUGCAUUCGGUGUAGCGGCUCAAUACACUGGGAAGCCAUAGUUCUUUGUCAAUAGAAUACACAUUGUGGGGUUGCGUCUUCCGCUGUGAAGACUAUGGGCUCCUCCAAAGAGAUGGAUUAUUUGAUCUACCAGGUGUUUACCUUCUAACUAUUAAGAUCCACAUACCUGCCUUCUACUGUAAAGUGUCUAUCCAGUGCAAGUUGGGUGGGGAUUCCUAUUACUUGGGCCACCUAGACUGCCCUGUCUCUAGCAUGUGAUUUGAGGAAGAUUUUGCCUCCCCCUUCUGAACCAUCACUGCCAGCCCUUGCAGCUUGUGCUGUCCAUCAUAGCCUUAUUGCCCAGAGUUCCCGAGGGUGUACAGUUCAGCUGAGCCUGAAAAGCUGCAGGAGGCUUUACGUAUUCACAGAGAACUGUAGUUUCUUCUCUAGCUACGUUCCUUUUUGAUCUAGUAUUUUUAUCGUAGUCUAACUCCAUUCAUCUCCCUGCUAGAGACGCAAAGCAGGUACAGGCACCCCACAAAGUUCCUCAGAGCAGCUUAGCACUCUGCUGCUGAAGCAGCUCUAUCUCCAAAGUUUCACAUGGAAAGGAAAGAGACAAUAUAUAGCAUGGACUGAUCAGUACCCUCUUAGCUAUGUAUGCAGAGGAAGCAGUGGCUCUCCUCUGGUUUAAUCUUGAGCUUGGGAGGAGGAGAGGGGAACGGAUCUCUUUUCCAUGAUAUAAUCCAGGCUUUUCCUCUCUCCCUAUUGAUAUGUGGCUUUUAGUUAGAAAGCGCUACUACUGGGCAUAGGCUGACCAGCACAGCGCCAGGACUGGAUGUGUCAGCUGACUGGUAGUACAUCGGUAGCUAUAAGUGAGCAAGUGUAAGCAGAACUGGGAACCUUUCCAUGCCAUUGAAUACUUGACACUCUUUUGGGUGGUUCUCAAAGCAACUUUUUUCUUCUCAAGUCCAAAACCAGUCUUUACCAUGUGUAAAGCCAGCUGUGAGCCUACGUCUGCUGGGGAAGGUCACAAAACACCAGCAGCACCAAAACCACGUUGAGCUUAUUCUUCCUCUGCAGGGAUGUGUGGGAUUAGAGCUAUCACUGCCAAAAGCACAUCAAACCUGUUGGUGAUUCUGCAGCUAUAUUAACUUGACAUUGUUUUACUGUGUGAUGAUUACUGUGUCUGUUUUUAUUUGCAAUAAAUGUACAAAUGGGAUGAGUUUUGUUUUUAAACCACAAGUUAAGCUGCAGUGCACCAAACUGCAGUUUCAAAAUAUUGUUUUGCAAACAGGCCAGAUCACCGAUGGGUGUAAAUCAGCAUAGAUCUAUUCAAGUCGUUGUUAUGCUGACUUGCACCAUUGGGGGUUCUAGCUCCAUAUCUGAAGUGCACUGGUUGCUUCCUUGCUGAAGGGUCACUAAAAUGAAGCUGAUACACCUUAGCCUUCCUUUCGGCGGUAGUAGAUUUAGCAGGGUUUCCUUAUAAUAUGAUAGUGUUAUAGAAGUGGGAACUGUUAGUUACCAGCUUGCUGCCUUCCCUUUCUUUGGAUGUUUGUGCGGUCGGCAAGGUGAAUGCUUGGAUGUAGACCUGAAAGCACAUCUUCUGGAUACUGUGAAUUUUGUUUUCCGUGUUGCCUUUAAAAGUGCAUUUUGUUAAAGGGUUCUGUUGGAAUAGUUUUCAGACCGAAUGUGUUACGAAGUGUGUAGUCUGUUGACCAAAAAAACCUGAAAGUACAAUUUAUUGGAAAUAUAAUAUCCUUACUGAAACCCUAUUAAGAUGUCUAAUAUAUACAAAGCUUGAGAUACUUGCCUUUAUUCAGUGGCUAAGAGUUAUAGGGAGUCUAACUGGAAAUCCCCUUGUGUCAAAGGAAAGCCGCAAUGAACAUUAGACAGUUCGGAGAUUCAUUUUUAUUAUGUAGCAAAUAUAAAAGUGGUAUUUCAGAAGCAUCAGCUUCUUUUUUGUACCUAUAUAACUAUUUUGCUUAAGGGUAUGAUUUUUCUCCCAUGAAAUAGUUAUACCAGUGCAAUGCCUAGUAUUGAUGCAGGUAUACACCAGUCUAAGGUAGCUUUAUACUGGCAUCUUAUUCCUCUUCCCAUAAAUGCGUACACCAGUGUAACUGUGUCUACACUAGGGGUAUGUGUUCACUGCCAAUGUCAAAGCACUGCCGCAGCAGUGGUUUAAUGUGGCUGUGUAGUCGUGGCCCCAGGGCUGGGAGAGAGGAAAAACCACUCCCAUGAGUGGAGUAGCUAAUGUGGCUCCCAAUGCUGGUGCACUGUCUACACUACCGCUUUACAGCGCUGAAGCUUAUUUUUUUCGCACUCCUGAGCGAGAAUGUUUCAGUGCUGUAACGUGGCCGUGUAGACAAGGCCUCAGAGGGUUGUAUAGCUGUAUAUUAGUUUAGGUAGAGUGGUACAGACAAGCCCUAAUUCAGUCAGAGCUGCUGUGUUAUUAACAUUUCCCAACAGGAAGUCUGUUCUCAUGCGUUAGUUGCAGAGACAGGACCCAAAGUAUUUCAAUAAAAUACCUAGCCCUUGUAUAGCUCUUUUGAUCUGUAGAUCUCAAUGCGCUUUAAAAGGGAGUCAGCAUUUUACAGAUGGGAAACUAAUAAAGGCACCAGAAAUUAGCCACCUAAAUCGAGAAUUAGGCACCUUAAAUCAGUGCCCGGAUUUUUCAGAGCUUUUGAACAGCUGGAUCUCCUGUUGACUAGAGUGUCAGUUGUGAGAUACACAACAUCUCUGAAACUCUGGCUAUGUAUAGCAGUGCCCCCUUUUGGAGCCCAGUCUGGAAAGGGUUGGCCAGGGAGGAUAGCUGAACAUGUGAAAAGCAGUGCAGUUGCCUGAUGUCCUGUUAUUAAAAAUAAUCGGUUAAUGUUAUGCAUGUUAAACUACUAUUAAUACAUUUUAAAAUAACACAACUGCUUUGAAAAUGACUCCUGCUCCCAUAGAUUCCCUGUGUCCCGAACUGUCAUUCAGCUUCCAAGGUGGCAGCUUCCUCAUUCAUUCUUAACUGUUUGUAUUCAGACUGUUUGCAAAUUAUUGGUGAUGACCUUUCUCUCUAAUAAUAAUAAAGUGCUGUAAGAGCUAUGGUGCUGUGCAAGCAGGAAUCCUUCCAAUACCCCUAUGUACCUAUCUGAGAAGGUGCUUGAAGAUGGCUAAAAUAUUGUGUGCGUAGCAGGAAUGUUUUAUGCUCUUGAAUAACAAUAGAAAGACCGAUUCCCUUCAGAAAAGGUAAUUUCUUACUAAAUCCUCUAAGUACCCUUCUCCUGUUUUGCGUCUAAAUGUAUUUUCAUCCAGGAAACGUGAAAUAUCUAUGGAUAUUGUAGACUUGUAGCAUAAAGCUCACCAAAAUACUUUAUUUAUAUUUGCACUAUUUUACCAUGCUUUGGUCGGACUAAAUUAAUGACUUGUUUGUUUCCCAUGCAAAAUAAAAUUGACACUUGAAAUCUUGUGAUAGGGUAACUUAGAAGGUUUAGUUUUUUAUUUGUACUGUGUUUUGGCAAGCUUAAAUAAAAUCUUUUAUUACCAGUAU